ACCGUUCCCACUCCGCGAGGCCUCCUCCGGAGGCGGUGUUGCUCCGGGUGCCCGGAGAUUCCAAUCGCCCUUGCUCGGAGAAGCGCGCAGUUUCUGCGGGCCGAGCCUCCCGGAGGAGGGCCGAGUCCGCCCUGUCUUUGAGCCUCACCAAACUGGGGGAGGCCCGGAAUGCUUCUGCGCGGGUUCAUCUUUCCGGGGAAGAGCGGCGGAGGACGGACGCGGGCUCUGGCGCUGAGGCGGCCAUGGAGCGGCGGGAGCAGAUGGUGGUGCCGGUUGUGCGACUGGAUGGUGUUACGCGGGAGCAGUUCCUGCGGGACAUCUAUCCCCAGAGAAAGCCUGUGGUGCUGAAAGGAAUGGAACUGGGCACUUGCACAACCAAGUGGACAGUUGAUUACUUGAGCCAAGCUGAAGGAUCUAAAGAAGUAAAGAUUCACGUCUCAAUGGUGCCACAGAUGGAUUUCCUCAGUAAGAACUUUGUGUAUAGAACUCUGCCUUUUGAUGUGUUUGUACGAAGAGCAGCUGAAGGCAAACACAAGGAGUACUUUCUCUCUGAGGAUGAAAAGUACUAUUUGCGAUCAGUGGGAGAAGAUGCUAGGAAGAAUAUUGCAGAUAUCAGAAAGGAGUUUCCUGUUUUGGCAGAAGAUGUUCAAAUUCCAGAGUAUUUUGAAAAGGAGCAGUUUUUCUCUAGCGUCUUCCGCAUCAGCUCAGCUGGAUUACAGCUAUGGACACAUUACGAUGUAAUGGAUAACUUCUUAAUCCAGAUAACAGGGAAGAAACGAGUUGCUCUGUAUAGUCCUCGAGAUGCGCCCUAUUUAUAUUUAUCAGGUACUAAGUCAGAGGUGCUGGAUGUGGAUGACCCAGACCUAGAGAAAUACCCCCUCUUUGUGAGAGCCAAGCGCUAUCAGUGUCUGCUGGAAGCAGGAGAUGUGUUGUUCAUUCCAGCUCUGUGGUUCCACAAUGUAGUUUCUGAAGAAUUUGGAGUGGCAGUGAACGUGUUUUGGAAGCACCUUCCUGCUGAGUCCUAUGAUAAGAGCGACACUUACGGAAAUAAAGAUCCCACAGCAGCCUCUCGAGCUAUCCAGAUCUUGGACAGAGCUUUGAAAACACUGGAAGAGCUCCCUGAGGAAUACAGGGACUUUUAUGCUCGGAGAAUGGUGUUGCGUAUCCAAGAGAAAGCCUACAGGAAUGAUUAUGAAUAGAAUAACCUCUUGUGAUUCAGCAGGCUCCUGGAAGUGUAAAAUUGUGUUCCUAUGCAAGCUCUCUGUUUGUAUAUACAUAUGCCUUCUGCAAGGCAAAUAAAACUGAGGUUGAUAAACAUCCACCUGGAAAAAAGCUUACCUGGUAGAUUUUCCCUUUUCUUUGUUUUUCUGCUCAGUGAGUACACAGUCUGCCUGAGCUGGAAGUGCUUCCUGUUCUACAA